AUGGAUCGAAUAUCGCAGUUGCCAAAUUCCAUUAUGCAUCAAAUCCUCUUUCGCUUGCCUGCCCAAGAUGCAGUCCGUAUGAGCUUCUUGUCAACAACAUGGAAAAGUCUAUGGAACUCACUACCUGUCUCUGAAUUUAAUUUUUGUAUGGAAAGUGAAGAUGGUCUGGAUCAAAAGAGGAAAAGGUCAGAAGAGGAGUCUGUAACUUCUGUGGACGAGUCCUUGAGAGUUCUACAUGAACAUGAAGAUCAGAAAAGGACAAAACCUAAAAGAUCUUCAGCUCUGUGGAUUUCCAAGCUCAAGAAUGUUGACCUAGACACUACUACUAGAGUUCAUAGCUACAAGAUUGAAGCAUCCAAUCUUCAAACUCUUCGGUUAUUGCUAUCGUACAUGGAAAUGCUACCCAUUGGACCUUGA